AUUGCUCACAGUUGAAUUAGCUAUUUAUACUACUUUUAUUCUAAAUUUGGAUUCCAUCGCAAUUAAGUGUUUCAUCUGUUGAACUCUUCUUUCAAUUGAAACAUCAAUUUUUCUUCAAAUUCUUAGAAUUUUAUUCACCAAACCUUUUCUGAUAUUUAUUUGAUUGAUACUAAUGAUUGAGAUAAAUGUGAAAACUCUGGACUCCAAGGAUCACCAUUUCUCUGUUGAUGACAAUAUAACUAUUAAAGCAUUCAAAGAGCUGAUCGCUUCAGAAGUCGCUAUUCCUGCCACAGAGCAGAGACUAAUUUAUUGUGGUCGGGUUCUUCAAGAUGACAAGCCUUUAUCCGAAUAUGAUGUAAAUGGUAAAUCAGUCCAUUUGGUUCAAAAACCACCAAGUCUCUCUAAUUCAGCUAGUUACUCAAACUCGGGAUCAGAUAACGCAACUGGUGAUAGAAAUAUCAGCUCGUCAGGCGGAGUAGGAGGAAACAAUCCACCAGAAACAAAUCAGCAAACAGGAAAUAGAUCAGUAAAUAACUUGCUUCUUGGUACUAUCAAUAUACCUCAAGGGUUUUUAGACGUUAACCAUUUGGUUCUCAGUGUAUCAACUUUGGGUAAUAAUUCAGCCCGUGGUAAUCAAACUGCUCGUAGUCCAGAGGAGCAACGACCAUCAGUCAACGUUCAAAUUGAUCUAGGUCAAAUUCAAAAUAUUCACCCCGCUUAUUCACCUAUUAUUCAAGCAUCAGCUCCUAUCAGGGUCGGAGUUGCUACUCCUGGGGGACCAAUAACGAUAACUCGUAAUUUUAAUCCUCUCAACCGAUCUAAUAUUGGGCCAAAUCAGUCAUCGACCAUGCCAUCUAGAGAAAUGCGAGGUGAUGAAUGGCAAACACAUGUACCUAAUGAUUGGAUUCCAAUAAUCAAAGAAGAUAUUGAUCGUCAAAAAGUACUCAGUCGCCAAAGGCCUUUUAGUGAUGCUUAUAAUAAUGGUAACCCAAAGAAAAAGAGGAAACAAAGUGAUAACCCUAGAGACAGGCAAUCAAUUAAGCCCUUUUCCAAUUGUCUUAAAGAUGCCAUCAUUGCAACUAAAGGUUCUCUUCCUCCAGAGAAAUGGGAAGAGAUUGAAAAUAAAGCAUCAACAUCUAACAUGAACACACAAUAUGAUAAAGAAGUUGAUCGAUUGGUUAAUGAAAGACUUGCUUCUGACAGUGAUUUCGACGCCGAAAAAUUUUGCGUUUCCUACCAAGUUUACAAACCAUUCUAAUGAAAUCCCACUAAACCCCAAGUAUAGAGUUAAUGUGAUGAUCUUCAAGUCUACAUUGUGCUAACAUGUCUAAAUGACCUUAUAAAAUUGAAAAAAGGCCAGUGAAAGUGAUGCCUGAUGGUAUUAUUCCUUCUUCAUGUAAGAUGCCUUCUCGUAUUCAUUUCCUCUUCGCUGAUCAUUUCUACACCAAUGAAGCAGUGUUCAAGGAGAAAGCAAAUCUUCUCUGAUAAACUACAAAUUCAUAUUCAACAAGUCUGUGAAAAUAGUUCUGUUACCGCUAACAUUUUCUUCAUAUUUUUCCUCUAUUCACUAUCUUUAUUAUUCAUCCUACCUUCCUCUUUUCACAUCAAAAUCUGACUCGAUCUAUUUUAAUUAAAACAAGAAGCAACUUUAAUUUGUUCAGCAACACAGUGAAUUUCUCAAUUCUUUUACAAAAAUGGACGUUUUUUGCAAACAGAUGGAGCGAAAUUUCAAUGAAUAAAAAAUAAAAUUGUGUGGAAAGAUUUCAUCUUGAAUACCCACAAGUUUAGAUCUUCCAUAAUCCACGUUACGUUAUCCUUCUACUAAUAUGGUUGGUUAUUACUUCUGCAUCAUAUUACUUUUGUGAAAAUUAAUCAACUUGAUUACAUGAAUUCAUUAUUAAUAAAGAGAAAUACCAUCACCAAUGAAAAAACAGUCGAUAAA